AUGCCUUGCGGUCUCGGGGGUUCCAAAACAGUGCAGCGCAAGCUCGUCUUGCUCGGCGACGGUGCUUGCGGAAAGACAUCGUUGCUCAAUGUCUUCACCAGAGGCUACUUCCCAACGGUCUACGAGCCGACGGUUUUCGAAAACUACGUCCAUGAUAUUUUUGUUGACAAUGUUCACAUUGAGCUUUCACUGUGGGACACAGCCGGCCAAGAAGAAUUCGACAGACUACGAAGUCUUUCCUACGAUGACACCGAUUUGAUCAUGCUUUGCUACUCGGUCGAUAGCAAAGAUUCGCUUGAAAACGUCGAGAGCAAAUGGGUGGGCGAGAUCGCCGAUAAUUGCCCAGGGGUGAAGCUUGUGCUGGUCGCGCUAAAGUGCGAUCUCCGCGAAGGGAACGAGGAAGAGGAUGGUGCCAACGAGGACGGCAACCCACGAGAAAAGAAGCCUAUGAUCAACUACGACCAAGGACUCGAGGUUGCGCGCCGAAUCCACGCCCUCCGGUAUCUCGAGUGUUCGGCCAUGCGCAAUAGGGGAGUUAACGAGGCCUUCACCGAAGCCGCGCGGGUUGCCUUGUCUGUGAAGAAGGAACGAGACGAGUCCAAGUGCACCGUCAUGUAA